UCAAGUUUGACGUCAUCUUGAUCCAAAAAUUUAAAACACUAUGUUUACUGUACCGUUUUCGUAGUUAAAUACUUAAUUAUUUAAUUUUUCUGGAUUUCUGUACUGUAGCUUACAACCCGAAACAGCCAUGUUGUGGUGUUUACUUACAACAGCGCGCACUAGAUGAAAAUAUGUCCACGAAACGAACAUACUUGUUUCAUAUCACAAGAGAAAUUGAACUUUAGACUAUUGUCGUCGAAUUAGUCCCGCCACGUAUAAGUGAGGUUCAGUAAUUGAUACUUUAGGAUAAAUGUUUCAAAAAAGAAUUCAUUCUAAUUCAUAAUUUUGAACGAUAUAUCGAUCUGUUUAUUAGUUAAUAAUGGCGCGUGUACUUGUAGGAGUGAAGAGAGUUAUCGAUUAUGCAGUUAAGAUACGCGUAAAAACAGAUAAGACAGGUGUUGUAACAGAUGGAGUGAAACAUUCAAUGAACCCUUUCGAUGAAAUUGCAAUUGAAGAAGCUGUACGAAUGAAAGAGAAGAAAUUAGUUCAAGAAAUAAUUGCAGUUUCAUGUGGACCAUCGCAGUCUCAAGAUACGAUAAGAACUGCCCUUGCAAUGGGUGCUGAUAGAGGAAUUCAUGUUGAAAUAUCUGGACCAGAGUAUGAAACUCUGCAGCCUUUUCAUGUUUCUAAAAUUUUAGCAAAAUUAGCUCAAGAUGAGAAAGCAGACUUAGUUAUUGUUGGUAAACAAGCUAUAGAUGAUGAUUGCAAUCAAACUGCACAAAUGAUUGGAGGAAUUUUAGAUUGGCCAACUGGGACAUUCUGUUGUAAAGUAGAGAACAAUAAUGGUGAGCUAACAGUUACACGUGAAAUUGAUGGGGGUUUGGAGACCAUUAAAUUAAAAACACCAGCAGUUUUGAGUGCUGACCUCCGUCUUAAUGAACCACGCUAUGCUACAUUGCCAAAUAUUAUGAAAGCUAAGAAGAAGCCAGUGAAAAAGAUGACACCAAAAGACCUAGGUGUUGAUACUUCCGCCAAAAUUGAUAUAUUAUCAGUUGAAGAACCACCAGUUAGACAAGCUGGUACCAUUUUACCAGAUGUUGAUAGUUUAGUUGCAAAACUGAAGGAAAGUGGACAUAUCUAAUAAUAUGCUGUUGUUAAAUGUAAAGAUAGAUUUAUCUCAUUGUCUUUGUACUCAUUAUAUAUUUAUUAAAUGUUACUGUAUUUAGAACAGUUUUUUUAUACAGCAUGAGAUGUUGUAUCUUAUAUCUGAAUAAAUUUUUAUCGCAUAAAGUAAAGCAGUAGGUCCCCUUAUGAUAUAACUAUAUUCAUAAUAAAAUAUUGUAACAUUUUAUAUAUUUAUAUGUUUCUUUGGUAAAUAACAACACUGUGUUUUCUA